CACCAAUCCAACCCAAGACCUUCUUGGCCACCUUGGCUGGUGAUAUACUUUAUAUUCGGUCGUCAAGCCACUUGCGCAUGCGCGCUUCCAAACACUAGGUAAUUUUGUAUAUAUAAUUACUCGACUGAGCUGGCCAUGCUGGUGCAACCACCCUGAUUUCGAUCAAAAUUUCUCGAGCCUCCCGUUCACAAGCACAAUUGCACACAAAGCUCAUCAUCUGUCUAUCCUACCAUUCCCCACACUCUGUCAGCGAAGAUAAUUGAUUUCAUAACAAUACACGGUAUAUUCAUAGCGACUGCAUAUAUCGUCUCGAACGAGUUCAAUCAUGGCGACGAGAAUUCCGUGGAUUUUCCCCGUUCGGGUCGCUCAAAUCAUUUUCGCUAUCAUCGUCCUCGCCUUGACGGCAUACUACAUCAGCUGGUAUAGCUACAGUGACACCGUGAAUUUUAUGCUUUUCAAUGGGAUAUGGACGGCCUUUGUCGCGACGCCGUAUCUGCUUCUCGCACCUAUGUACUUCCCUCGAGUCGCUCAUAUACUUAUCAUGGUAGCCAUUGAAGCAAUUACCAUGGUAUUCUGGUUCGCCGGCUUCAUCGCCCUGGGUGUCUUCCUACCGCCAUCAGGGUUCUGUCAAUGGGGCAGAUGCCGGGCGCUACAAGCUGCAACUGUAUUCGGAGCAUUUGAAUGGGCACUCUUUGUUGCUACCACUGUUGUAGCCACCCUCGAGGCAAUGCGGACUCGAUCCAAUAGUGCGGGUACAAAGCCCGGUCCGUAUGCUUCUGGCCAUGCCAGUGUGUAAGCCAAGGAAGAGAUGAUAGCCACAGAUUUAUACAAGAGAUGAUCAAUCAGAUAACGUCAUAUCCAGGGCUUCAUCUGCGCUCACAAUACCACGCGAAUCCAUUGAACGCAACGAGAAUGACGAGAUCAUUAUCGACACUGAUGGUUAAAAGACGAGGACGGAUUGAUGUAUUGGCCGCAGGGUUAAGGCGGUCUUGUAAGGAAGUAUCUUUCACCUAUGGAGCAGGAUACCCUUGAUUUGAUUUUAGUGAACAUUAUCAGUUCGAGCUCAAUCUGUGUUUGAACUUUGUAACGACAGAUACCCCGCUUUGCUUUAUUCUUAUCAAUCAGAGAAAUACUUAGUCUGACAAGUACACCUUCGACUGUUC